UCUAUGUGUGCGUGUCGCCACGUCCAUCCAUGCCGACAUUAAUUAAAGUUUGUUUGUUAGUGCCGGUUGUAAAGAAACAUUAUUUUCUUAAUUAAAAACAUAUGAAAUACAUAUUUUUUUUAGUCUAAGAAUAAUUUCCAAAAUGGAACUUAAAUUAACAUUAAUAAAUGUGUUUAUUUUCAUAACUCUAAACUUUUAUUUCUCCAAUUCACAAAUAGUUGAAUCCAACCUCAUUAUUAAAAGUGCUGAAAGAAACAUUGAUUUAAAAUCUCAAGUUACAAAAAUAACAGCAAAAUUAAUUGUCGAGAAUGGUGGUAAAAAUUCAGUGAAAAAUUUCCUCUACGCAUUUGAAUCUAAUUCAAAAAUUCAUGUGAGUUCUGUAGCGGCACAUCUUCGUGAACCAGGUCGUGCCGAUCUUAAAGUCACACAGGUUAAGGUAAAAGAACAUCCUGAUAAACUUUUUUUCUCCAUUGAAUUACGUGAUUCACUACAACCAGGAAGAUCAGUGAAUGUUGAUGUUGAAAGUGCAUCAUCACACGAAUUGAUUCCCCAUCCAAAGGAAAUUAAGCAAAAGGAAAAACAACUUGUUAAAUAUAGUGGAAAUUUAUAUUUUUAUUCACCAUAUACAGUUAAUAAACAAUCAACAACAAUUGUUUUACCAUCGAGAAAUAUUGAAAAUUAUUCGAAAAUAAAACCAGUCACACAAAGUGAUUCGCAAAUUACUUAUGGACCAUUCGAUAAAAAGGAGGCAUUCUCACAUGAGGAUGUAUUUGUACAUUUUGAAAAUAAUAAUAAAUUUUUGACUGUCACUAAAAUGGAACGUGUUAUUGAAUUAUCACAUUGGGGCAAUAUUGCCGUUGAGGAGACAAUUGAAUUACUUCACACUGGAGCAUUAUUGAAAGGAUCUUUCUCGCGAUACGAAUAUGCACGAGAAUCAAAAUCAGGCCAAGCGAGUAUUCAAAGCUUCGACACUGUACUUCCGGCGGCAGCUUCCGAUAUUUAUUAUCGUGAUGAAAUUGGAAAUAUCUCAACAUCACACACUCGACUAAGAAAAGAUUCCGUGGAAUUAAAUUUGCGACCUCGAUUUCCACUUUUCGGUGGUUGGAAAACACGUUACAUUGUUGGUUACAAUGUACCAAGUUAUGAAUAUCUUUAUCACACGGGUGACAAUUAUAUUUUAGAAAUGAGACUUCUUGAUCAUGUAUUCGACGAUAUGGUAAUCGAUGAAUUAAUUGUGAAAAUAAUAUUACCAGAAGGCUCAAAAAAUAUUGAAUUAAACGUUCCCUAUCCAGUUGUACGUUUGCCAAAUUCACUUCAUUACACUUAUCUCGAUACAACUGGUCGUCCAGUAAUUUCAAUAAUGAAAAAAAAUCUCGUUGAAAAUCAUAUUCAAAAUUUAAAAUUAAAAUAUACAUUCCCAAAAUUUUUCAUGUUACAAGAACCAUUACUUGUUGCUGUUGCUCUCUAUUUACUAUUUCUCAUGGUUAUCAUCUACGUGCGUCUUGAUUUUUCAAUUGACAAAGAUGAAGCAUCAGAAUGUAAAUUACGUGUUGCUGGACAAUGUGAAAAAAUUUUAGCAUCACAAGAUCGUCGUGUAACAAGUUAUAAUGAUUUAGAUGAACAGCUUGCUUAUUUAAAAACAAGUAAAGAUUCAAAUGCAUUUUUAUCAGUUGCAAAAAAUAUUAAUCAAGAUUAUAAAAAUGCGACAAAUAAUAUUUCUGAAAUGGCACAAAAAUUAAAAGGUGAAUCAAGCGAUGUUUAUGAACGUGUUCAAGAAUUACAGAAACAUGAUAAAACAUUGAAAGAACUUUAUAAUCAACAACAAUCGCUCUAUGUUGAUAAAUUGGUAACGGGGAAAAUUGGCAGACAACAAUUUAUAGAUGCCGAGGCUAUUAUUACAAAGAAAAAGGAGGAAUGUGUCGAGAAAAUAAAUGCCAUUAUUAAAUCAUUACAAUAAGAGGAGAGGAAAAAAAAGGGGGGGUGGGGACAAGAAAAAAAAAAGAACGAUUUUAAUGUAAUUAAUAGUGGAUUUAUUCCAAGAAAAAAAAACAUUUCUCUCAGUGUUACAUUUUAUAGAAUACAUAAAAUAAGCUCAAUUAUCAUCAGUGGAAAUAAGAACUAUUAAGAGAUAAUAAUUUAGGUAAAACUAUUUGUAAAAUUACAUAAUUGUUCUAUUCACGUUGUUUUUUUAAAUAAAGAUAAAAAAAAUCGAAA